UUUUUGUUUUGUUUUGUUUUUACUGUUUGUUUGGUGCUGUUUUCUCCAGGUUUGGACACCAGGAUUAGUCUAGUUUAUCACACACAUUGGACAGCUUUCCAUCGUUUUCUCUGCACUGAAUUGAUUUUAUUGCACGAGUUAUUUUUGCCUCCUAUAGAUGAAAUCUGUAUUAUGUCCGGCAAGAUUUCCUAAGUCUUGAUUAUAUCUCUUAACAUACUUUUUCCUGUGACCGAAAAGGAUAAACAACUAUCAAAUCUUCCACCUUCUGAGACAUCCAUUUCGGCUUGUAUCACUUGUCCAUCCUUGGCUUGUCAACAGCCUUGCUUGUUCUUGGUGUUAAAUGCUGUUGGUCUUCUGGGCCAGCUGCCUGUUUGGGAGUCCAGGCCAGCCUAUUCUUGACAUGCUCAGAACAGAGUCUGUCCCCACGCUUCCCAGCCGGAUGGCACCAAACACUUGGCUCCGGGGCCUGAGCCCUCUAACACGGGACGCUCUCCUUCUCGCCCGGCCACUUCUGUUCUUUGUGUUUUGGGGUGAAAGGCAGAGGUCACUGCGCCUGGGUUUGAUACCUGACCUGGUGUAGCUUGUGGCAACCGCUGCCACACACCCAGACUUUAGACCCUGUUUACUAACCUCUUUAAAAAGACAGCCUGGUUUAGUUCCCUGGGGCUGUGGCAGGGAAACCCCACCAGCUGGGUAUUUUCCUGAAGUGCCUGGAGGCCACAAGUCUGAUAUCAGGGUGUUGCAGGGUUGGUUCCUCCGGAGGCUCUGAGGAGUCUGCUCUGGCCUCUCCAGCUCCAGUCUCCGUCUGCACUGGCAUCCCUGUGUGUGUCUGUAAGUCUGCCCCAUUCUCUUGUAAAGACAUGGGUCAUGGGAUUAGGGCCCCGAUCCAAGGUGACCUGGCCUUAACGUGACAUCUGCAAAAACCCCAUUUCCAAAUAAGGUCCUGCUCUCAGGUCCUGGCGGUCAGCACCUGGGCCUGUCUCUGGGGGACACGGUUCAACCGCACCCCUGCCUAAGCCCCUCUUCUCUCCUGACCAGGACGUCUCCUGAGGUAGAGAUGAAGCACGUUCUUAAGUUUCUCAGCUGCCUUGUGCCACUGGCCUCACUGUAAAGAUUUAGUAAAGUAGAGCUUUUACAUACAUUUUCCCCCUUUAGGAGUAAUUCUGGAGAAGUAAAGGCUGAAUAGCAAUACAUAAGCUCCUUAUUUUAUGCAUUUUGUUGAAAACAAUUUGUCCUCUAAAAACUGCCCUCUCAAAGUUUUCUGAUUUUCCUAAUCAGAAUAUUUUUCUAAUAUUUUCUAAUGAAAAACAUUAUGGGCUUAGAAGUAAAUUUUUCCUGCGCCUUCAUUUUCUCCCCGUGACUUCUCCCAGCCCAGGCAGUGUGUUCUGCAUGUGUUGAUCUGGGCGGUCUCGGCAUCCUAGCCUCUCACGAUGCCCUCUCAUCCCAGGUCUGAGGGUGACCUGAGCACCCCUGGCCCUGCUAUGCACUUGCCUUCUUGUUGCCACGUGCAGCGGCCCUCCUGGCUCCCCCAGCGCUGCUCGUGGGCUCGGCCAGGGGCUUAUCUACCUGAGGUCAGCCAGGCCUGCCCAGAGCAGGUGUUGCCUGUGGCCACUCCUGCCCGGGCUGUAUUGAACAUCUGCUUUUGCACAACACCGUCCUGGGCCCACAAAGGACAUGAUGGAAGAGGAUGAGCUUCUAACUGCUGGAUGCACUCCCAGUGAGCGUGGGCUCUGGCUGGUAAAAGAUACACGGGGCCCGGCGCAGGCGUGCUGAGCCAGGAUGGCACCUGGACACGUACGUGCCUGACCGCCCUCCCCGGGGCGCACCAGCUGGCCGCCGGCAGAUGGGUCACCUUCUGCAGGAUUGGAGCUUUUCGGCAUCUGUACGUGGCCCUGCGGACGCCCCUGCCCACUGGGAGGGUGUCCAGGCCCUGGGCCAGGGAGGGCAUCCCAGGCCCGGCUGCCCGGCCCGGGGCCACGUUCCCACAGGACUCUCCUCUCAGGUCAGCAACGGCGCCAGCCCCCAGGAUGAGCGCACCACAAGCCUGCUGGUGUUCGGCUUCCUCCAGAGCUACCCGCACUCCCGUUGCCACCAAGAGCUGGAGGUGCUGGGCCACGAGCUGGCCGUGCGUGUGGCCCACGACGAUGAGCUGCAGACGGACGGCAACUGGUGCAGCCACUUCCGUGUUGAGGGGGCGGCAGAGACAGACUCUCAGACUCAGGAGGAAGUGGUCCGGGACAUCGCCAGACAGCUCGCCCAGGUUGGGGACAGGAUGGAGUGCAGCAUCCGCCCGGGGCUGGUGGCUGGCCUGGCCGCGCAGUUCAGGAACACGAGCCUGUCGGAGGAGGAGCGGAGGCGGUGCCUGGCGGUGGCGCUGGAACAACUCGUGCAGCUCUGCCCCGCGGACAUGGACCGUGAGAAGGCCCUGCUCCUGCUGACCAUGCUUGUGGCCAAAAAGGUGGCCGACCACUCGCCAGCUUUGCUCCAAGAUGUCUUUCACACCACAGUGACCUUCAUCAACCAGAACCUUCUCGCCUACGUGAGGGACUUAGUGCAAAACGAGAUGGACUGAAGGGACGACUCAGCAAAAGCACGACUGUUUUACAACUUGAGAUGGUGACAGCAGUGUAGCUGUCUCCACAGAGACGGAGCCUCGGCCACUUAAACAUGCUCAAGGAAGACAGGCACGAGAUGACAGCUGUGUAUCUCUCACCAUUUUAAAGCCAGGGACCAUUUAGGAAUUUCUUCACGUACAUGUGUGAAUGUUUCACACCAUCUACAUCCAUCCACACACUGUGCCUUUUACCUAAUGUCUGCUGGAAAGGUCCCCGCCUGAAAAUCAGAUCUAAAAGCAGAUCGUGACUUCCCUGGUGGUCCAGUGGUUAGGACUCCUCUGUGCUUCCACUGUAGGGACGAGGUCUGAUCCCUGGUCGGGGAACUAAGAUCCUACAAGCUGCAGCCAAAAAAAGAAAAAACAACAACAAAAUAAAAGCAGAUUGACAAAUACAAAGCAGAAGA